ACAGACCUCCGCCUAAAAUAUUAAACGGCCUCGGCUCCUGGUCCCUGACCCGGGAAGAGGAUUCGCUUCUCAGGACUCACCUUACCUGGGCAGGAAGCCCAGAGGAAGAGGAAAGAAAGAGGAAUCAGAAAUGACUCGUUUCCAGGGGCUUCUGACCUUCAGGGACGUGGCUGUCAGGUUCUCCCAGGAGGAGUGGGAAUGCCUGGCGCCUGCCCAGCGGGCCUUGUACCGGGACGUGAUGCAGGAGAACUACAGGAACCUGGUGUCCCUGGAGAACUCUGCUAGAUGUGUUCUCAAGGAAUUAUCAAAAGAGGAUGCCAGCAAAGGGGAAUCAUGCCAGACUUUGAUGUUGCAACGACACAAAAGCAAUGACAUCAAGGAUUUUGAUUUCAGGGAAGUCUGGCAAAACAUGCAUGAGCUUGAGAGUCAGUGUGGAGAUGACGAAACAGGUUACGAAGGAAUGACAGUCACCCCAAACAGCAGUCUCUUUGGUAGAAGAGACCAACAGCGUAACAAAUCCUGGAAUAAUGUUCCUCUAAGGCAGAGUGUUUCUGUAAGAAAAAGUGCCGAUCAAUAUGAUAAACAUGAGGCGUCGUAUAUAAUGUAUUUGUUGAAACUAAAAAGUGACAUAACCUAUGGAGGAAACAAGUAUAUGAAAUGUUCUGAAAAUGGGAUUGGAUUAAGGUUUCAGUUACACAGGGCUGAACUCCACAAGUUUCAAGCUGAAGAGAAAAUUUAUGAUUGUAACAAAGUUAAGAAGUUGGUCACCAAUAGUCCUGCUUUACCACUUCAGAGAAUUCCUCGUAAUGUCAACAUCAACAUUUAUAAUAAAUCUGGGGAAAAUUUUAUGCAUUCUUCAUUACGUCCACAACAUCAGAAAACAUAUAUCAGUGAAAAGCCUCACAAAUAUAAUGAUUGUGGGAAGGCUUUUAGAGAAAGCUCACACCACACUAGUCAUCAGAGAAUUUACUCUGGGCAGAGACCUUGUAGUGAGUGUGACAAAUCCUUUACCCAAUUUUCAGACCUUACCAGACAUCAGAGAAUCCAUACCAGAGAGAAGCCAUAUAAAUGUAAAAUAUAUGGCAAGGGCUAUAGCCAAAAUUCUUAUCUUGUGAAUCGUCAGAUAAUUCAUAUGGAACAUGAGAAGGCUUACAAAUGUAAUGAGUGUGGCAGAGCUUUUAACCGCAUGUCACACCUCACUAGACACCGGAUAAUCCAUACUGGAGAGAAGCCAUAUAAAUGUAAUGUAUGUGACAAGGGCUUUACUCAACGUGCAAAUCUUGUAGUUCAUCAGAGAGUUCAUACCGGAGAGAAGCCUUACAAAUGUAAUGAGUGUGGUAGAGCUUUUAACCUCAUGUCACACCUCACUACACACCGGAGAAUCCAUACUGGAGAGAAGCCAUAUAAAUGUAAUGUAUGUGGCAAGGGCUUUACUCAACAUGCAAAUCUUGUAGUUCAUCAGAGAGUUCAUACGGGAGAGAAGCCUUACAAAUGUAACGAGUGUGGCAGAGCCUUUUCUGGGCAUUCAAACGUGAUUAAACAUAAGAAAAUCCAUACUAAAGAGAAACCUUACAAAUGUAAUGAGUGUGGAAAGGCUUUUAGAGCAAACAGGAAUCUCACUUCUCAUCAGAGAGUUCAUUCUGGGCUGAGACCUUACAAAUGUAAUGAUGACAAAUCCUUCAACCGCAUGUCAUACCUCACUACACACCAGAGAAUCCAUACUGGAGAGAAGUCAUAUAACAAUAUAUGUGGCAAGGUCCAUAGUCAACAUUCGUAUCUUGUAGUUCAUCAGAGAGUUCAUACGGGAGAGAAGCCUUACACAUGUAACGAGUGUGGCAGAGCCUUUAUGGAACAGUCAAGCCUUGUUCGAUGUAAGAGCCUCCGGAGUGGAGAAAGGCCUUACAAAUGUAAAGAAUGUGACAAAGCCUUUAGCCAGCCCUCCAUCCUCGUCAUACAUCAGAUAAUUCGUACUGGAGAGAAGCCUUUCAAGUGUAAUGAUGGCAGAGCCUUCAUUGUGUGUUCAAGACUCACCCGACAUAAAAGAGCCCAUACUGGGAAGCCUUACAAAUGUAAUGAGUGUGGCAAGCCCUUUACCCAAUUUGCAGACCUUACUAGACGUCAGAAAAAGCAUACUGAAAAAAAACAUUGUAAACCUAAUAUAUGUGACAAUGUUUUUAUCCAAAGAUCAAGCAUUAGGGGUCAUCAGAGAAUUCACAGUACAGAGAAACCUCGCAAAUGUAUGUGGCAAAACCAAUUAGCAGGGGGCAGCCCUGUUCCACGGGACGCGAAACAAAGUCUAACGGUAGCAAAUUGCGGGAGCGGGAGGCCCUGGGACCCAGCGGCCGCGGAGCGCCCCGCCCCGCCAGGCCCGGCUCCCCAGCGGCGCGCACGCGCGGUUUCUGGCAGACGCGGAAGCGGCUCUCGCGGAGUGAGGGCCCGGCCGGCGCCUAUUGACCUGUCAAGACUCAACUGGCCUGAGAAAGCAGCCCAGAGGAGGCGAGAGGAGUCAGGAAUGACUCUUUCCCAGGAACUGCUGACCUUCAGGGACGUGGCCGUCGAAUUCUCCGAGGAGGAGUGGGAAUGCCUGGCGCCUGCCCAGCGGGCCUUGUACCGGGACGUGAUGCGGGAGAACUACAGCAACCUGGUCUUCCUGGAUGUUUCUACUAGAUGUGUGACCAAAGAAUCAUCACCAAAAGAGCACAUUAAUAAUGGAGAAUUACUCCAAAUACUGGUUUUGGAAAGACACCUAAGUCAUGAUUUCGAUGAUUUUGAUUUCAGGGAAGUCCAGCGAAGUAUGCACACAUUUGAGAGCCAGUGGGUAUAUGAAGGAAAAUACCACAAAGGAGUGACUACAACCCUUUACAAAAAUCCCACUGGUAGAAGAGAUCAACAUCAUCAUAAAUGCUGCAAUAAUUUCCCUGUAGAGCACAAUGUUUCUAUAAGAAGAAAUACAUCUCAAUAUUACAAAUAUGACACAUUAUAUAUGAGGAAUAAGGAACAAACAAAUAACGAAGACUGUUCAGGAAACAAGUCUAUGGGAUAUUUGGAAAACAGGCUUGAAUUAAGCUUUCAUUCACAUUUGGCUGAACUGCAGAGAUUUCAAACUGAAAAGAAAGCUUAUAAAUGUAAUCAAGUUGAGAAUUCUAUCAAAAAUUGUUCUACAAUUUCACCACUUCACAGGAUUUCUUCUAGUGUCAAAACCAACUUUUGUGAUAAAAAUGGAAAGGUUCUUAGGCAUCCUUCAUUGCUUAUACAACACCAGAAAACACACAUUAGAGAAAAAGCUUACAAAUGUAGCAAGUGUGGAAAGGCAUUUAGCCAUUGCUCAUCCUUAGCUAGUCACCAAAGAAUUCAUUCUGAGCAGCGACUUCACAAAUGUAAUGAGUGUGGCAAGGCCUUUAACAGGUUCUCAAGUCUCACAAGACAUCAGAGAAUCCAUACUGGAGAGAAACCAUAUAAAUGUGAUGUAUGUGGUAAGGAUUUUAUGACAUGUUCUCAUCUUUGGCGUCACGGGCGAAUUCAUACUGGAGAGAAACCUUACAAAUGUAAUGAGUGUGGUAAAUCUUUUUCUGUGUGUUCAAAUCUUUCUCAACAUAAGAGAAUCCAUACUGGAGAGAAACCUUACAAAUGUAAUGAGUGUGGCAAAGCCUUCGCCAGGAGCUCAAACCUUAGUCAACAUAAGAAAAUUCAUACUGGAGAGAAACCAUGUAAAUGUAACAUAUGUGGCAAGGCCUUUAGUCAGAAUUCAGGUGUUACAGUUCAUCAAAGAAUUCAUACUGGGGAGAAACCUUACAAAUGUCAGGAAUGUGGCAAAGCCUUUAAGCAUUCCUCAAGCCUCAGCAGACACCAGGAUACACAUGGAGUGAAGACGUAAGAUGUGGGAAGGCUUUUAUAAGUGCUCACAGUUUGGGAGUCACGAGAGAUCUCACACUGGAAAGGAACCGGACAGCAGAAUGCAGCAAGGCCUUCACGCCAUGGCCCGGCCUGAGGACGCUCCAAAGGUGUCCUCCCGGAGGAGACCCUCAGAAAUGUCAGUAUGGCGAAUUGUUCAAGCAGGUUUCACAGUGUACUAGGCUUCACAGAAUUCUUACUUGGAAGAACUAAGUCUAGUCUCUCUUGAAGAUUAAUCAAAUCAAAUGUACUUACCAGAAAACUGAAAUUCAAAAUCAUUCAUAAUUCAUGAGGUGAAGGGUAUCAAAAGUGCAAGGACAACUGUGGAAAAGGCCUCUUCAGUUUAAAAGUUACUUUUAUUCUUUAAGGUCUCAUGAUAAGGCUACAUUAUUGACUUUCAACUUAAGGUUCAAAAUCUCUUGAUGUGAUGUUGUCAUCAUAGACCUUUCUUGCAUUGUCAUGAUGGUGUCUGUGAAGGAACCUUAUUUUUGGGUCUAAUGUAAGGAAUUUUUCUUUUAAUUUUCAAUUCUACUUAUUGCUGGUAUAUAUAAAAUCAGUUUAGUUUUGCACAUUUACCUUGUGUCCUGCAACCAUGCUAUAACUGCAUAUUGGUGUUUUAUGUAUCAUACUUUAGGGCAUCAUAGGAGAUUGUUCAAUAAUUCUUGUGUUAGGUUCUACUCUUUUUGUUCUGACAUAAAAAUAAAUGAGUCUCUUAUACCACACUAAUAUCAGGCCAGUCUCACAGUCAUUAAGUCCAGCUUGGUCUUGGGCCAGGUUCCUGUUGUCCUGUGUUUUAAUCAGAAUAUCUGCAUUUUACUAAGAUUUCAAAAGCUAUAUAUAAGUUAGUAUUGGCAUAUAGAAUAAAUCUUUGCACAUAAAUGGAUACUUGUCACAAAAUUAUAGAAUAACAUGCCACCAAUCUACAGUAUGAUAAAUUUUGAAAACUAUAUAUAGUUCUAGAUUUUUGGAAGAACAUAGCUAACCAGCCUUUUCAGUAUAUCAUGACUGUGUAGUACCAUACUUUGUUACUAUCUCUACUAAGUCCUGAAUCUGCUACUAACCAAGGUGUGAAUUUAGUGAAAUCACUUAACUCUCUGUGCCUGAGUUCUCUUUAGAAUGUAAAUAGUAGUUCCUACCUUCAGAUUUGUAAAGAAUAAAGAUGUUUCCAGCUUUCAUAGUAGUGUUUC